CUGUCGACGCCCGGCACUCCGCGGCAGGGCAGCAUGGUGAGGCGGCCGUCGCGCCGCCGCUCCCAGCCAGCGGCCCAGCAGCCGCCGCUGCCGCGCUACGGCUGGGCCGAGGAGGAGAACGGAGCCCGGAGAGGCUAUGGCAAGGAGGAUGGAGGCUAUGGCUCUCGUCGUGGCUAUGCCAGGAAGGAGGAUGGAGCCUAUGGGCCCUAUGGGCGCAGUCACCCCAAGGAGGAAGAUGGAGAGUACGGCCCUCGCCGCGGCUACGCCGAGGAGGAUGGAGGGUACGGCCCGUGGCACGGCUACAGCGGGGAAGAGGAGGGAGCCUAUGGCCCCCGGCACAACUACUCCGAGGAGGAGGAGGAAGGCUACAUGCAGAGCCCAGCCUACCCAGCAGGGUAUGGCUUCGAGGAUGCCGUGCCGACCCCCUACUCUGACUACCCUGGCUAUGAGACAGAGGAGGAGUACGACUCCUACGGGGGAUUUUGGGAGGACGGUGAGCAGCCAGGGCACCCCUACGGCUACUCAGAGCUCGAGGAUGAGGGAGUGUAUGGUGGUGGGUCUCCCCUCAGCCUCUAUGACCCAUACAGCAGCGACCCGGAGUACGGUGAGGAGGCAGAGGGGCCCUUCGGCUACAGGAGGGACCCCUACGAGGAUUUUGGGGAGUCUUUUGCCAGGGGGUACCCUGGGGGCGACUACCCCGAGCAUCGCAUCCAGUACAGCGAGGGCGGCUGGGCGCCGCAUGCCCAAUCCUCCUGCAACCCCUACGCCCUGGGCCUGGAGGAGAUCGCUGAGGGCGAGGAGCCCGAGGAGUGGGAAGAAGAGGAGGAAGAAGAGAAGGAGUAUCCCUUUUCCAUCCUGAGCACCUCCUCGCUCCGGGGCAUGCGGGAGACGCUCUCCUCCAAGCUCUCCCUCAACAGGAAAUUCAGGCUCUUCCCCCGACCCCAGGUCAAGCUUUUCGGCAGGGACCGCCUGGACGUUCCCCUCCCGCCGUCCCCGCACCUGCCCGCUGCCCGAGACGAGGACGACUACGACGAGUACGAGCCGCCGCCGCCUCCGGCAGCCCCCGGCCCCGCGGCAUCCCCGACACGCCGGCUUUCGGCGGCGCGGGUGUGCGGGAGCCCUCUGGGCCAGUUCCUCCAGCGAUCCCUCUCCAUUCCUCCCAGCCGCCCGCUGAGAG